AUGAAGGAGGUCGACCUUGUGAGGAACCGGCUGGUGGUGGCGGGGAAGGGGUGGGAGUACGAGCGGAGCCCGUGCUGCAAGGACAUGAUCCACCACCUGGUGAGGAGGGAGUGCUACUGCAGCUGGUUCCAGCCGGUGGACGGCGGUGUGAAGGACCAGUUCCCGGCGAUCCGGAUCGGGGACCUGUACUACACGCUGAGCCUGAGGAUCCAGAAGGCGAUGUUCCGGCACGUGAGGCUGACGAAGGACUUCAAGAACCUCGAGCGCCUCCCCGAUGGGCAGGUGAAGCUGAGGAUCCCCACUCAGCUGCUGGUGGAGAAGAAGCGGACCGCUACGAGGUUUACGGUGAUGCGGUCCAAGGCGAUGGCGACCAAGCCCUCGGCCAAGCGUCUGAGGUUCGACCGCAGGGGGGAGGGGUCGGACGUGAUGGACCUGUCGGACAUCAUCAACGGCAUCCUCGGUCCCGCGAGCGAGGAUGCGAGGCCGAGCUUCACGGUGUUCUCCCUGAGCGAGGAGGAGACGGCGGAGCACAUCAUGCAGAACCUCUUCAAGGAGUGCCCCAGCCUGACGGAGGACAAGAUGAAGUUCAUGAGGAGCAUGGGUUUGAUGUACGAGAAGAUUCAUAGCGGCUCUGUUUGA